CGCCGUUGCCUUGGUUCUUCUUCGCUAGAUCAAAAAUUAGAAAUCCAGAGUUCAAAGCAUUGGAAGAUUAACCCACCAUCCCGAUGGUCUGGGAUCUUGGGCCGAGGCUUUUUUCGCAUGAUGUUAAACAUCCCUGAAGCCCACUCGAGACACUACCAUGCUGAGGACGAACGAUGUCGUCGAUUAAUUUCAAUAAAAUACAGUUUGUCAACGGAUUUCAACCGGGUGGUUCUGCCGCGACUGGGAAGCUGCAGCAGCAUAUCAUCUCUUCCCAUAGAGCGCGCACAGCACAUGCCAGAGCGAGGCUCCGUCGGACUCGAGAUUAUCACGCGGCCAAGGCCCGUCAGCUGAGGCUACCGGUUCAAAAGGAGGGUGCUACAGAGAAUGACCAGGGUGGGGAGGACGUAACCUCGACCUCCUCUAUGGAACCUGAUGCCGCGAUCUCAGAUGCAGAACUCUUAGGCGUUCUGUCGAGCUCCACAAGCCCGCUUUUGGUGAAUCGACUUGACGCACACGAGACUUUUCCGGCCCCUGUCAAGCCUUUUGAAUACCCUUUGUUUCACCAUUAUGUGAAAAUGGUCAUUCCCGCCUCGAUUACCCACUGCAAAAAACUCAGUAAGCAAAGAAGUUACGCAGAAAGAAUGUGUACGGAAUGGGUCCGCCUCGCCCUUAUGAAUGAAGGCUUUCUCAGCGGUAUCCUGCUUGUUGCAAGUCGUCAUCUUUCUAUGAUCUAUCAUUACAACCAAAUUAAGAGCCGUGAGCUCACCCAGCUCGCACUCCAGUAUAAGGUGACCUGUGUAGGGAGCUUGAACCUGUCCAUCACUGCAAAUCAUUCGUCAAAAUUCAGCGACUCAACAAUCGCCCAGGUUAUAGUAUUAACAUUGGAUGAGAUAGCUCUGGGUGAUCUACUCAUGGCUAGAAACCAUAUGCGCGGCGCAAUCAGGAUGGUAGAGCUCAAUGGCGGGCCUGCGACCCUUGGGCUUGAUGGUUUUCUUGAGCUUGUCUUCCACGACUUCGUCAGUGAAUUAGGAAUGCUGCCUGGUUUGCCGGAUCAAGCUCCAUCCGCUCCAUGCGGCGGUGCAUUUCAUGGUCUCUAAACUUCGUUAUAUGCUUAAUUUUCUGUCACUUUUGGGCGAUUUGAGUGGCUAAGCUCUUCAUAAAAUAAUAUAUUUCUGUCUAUUAUAUCCGGC